AUGUCGAGCGACAGUGACUGCAUCAGACCUGCCAGGAAUUUUGAGGCACAGAGCGCAUUUGCGUCUACUCUGGUGAACGAUGUGGAGAAGGGAAGGCCAUCCAAGCCCAGCGAAAUACCACAAGAAGAACACAGGAGCCUGCUUGGUCUUGCAAUCAAGACCCCUAAGACCCAUACCGGAAGCGAUGCCGUCUUCGCAGCUAAAGCACAGCUUCUUAAUCAGGCGCUGUUGGAUAUGGGAAUGGGGCGUUAUCAGUGGCUGCUUUUCUUGAUGACUGGCGUGGGCUGGUUUCUCGACAGCUUCUGGAUUAUGUCUUUCCUAGUCAUCGCCCCAUCAGCUGGCAAUGAAGCCCAGUUCUUUUUUACGGGCGAUAACACGGAUUAUCUCUUCAUCAGCCUUGCUGUUGGACUCACAGUUGGCGGUACAGCCUGGCCCAUGAUGUCAGAUACACUCGGCCGAAAGUGGAUGUUCACUAGCACUGUUGUGUUAAUGGGAAUGGGCGGUCUAGUCGGUGCGGGUAUGCCCUCGUUCACUGGACUAAGCGUUGUCGGUUUCGUCGUUGGAUUUGCAGUUGCUGGCAACCAAGCAGUGGAUGCAAUGAUUCUACUGGAAUCACUACCGGCAUCCCAUCAAUACCUUGUUGCCCUGCAAGGGCCUUCAUCGGACUUUAUACAUGCGGCACUGGCCCGGAUGAGCAGUGCCAGUUCCAGUUCAUCCAGCAGCGCCUCAUCUUGUCACUACGUCAGCAACAAAGGCUGGCGGUAUGUAUGGUGGAUAUUUGGCUGCAUUACUCUCUUCUUGUACUUGUGCCGAUUCGCCUUGAAUCUCCAUGAGACACCCAAAUUUCUUCUCUCGCGUCGCCGUGACGCAGAAGCUACUCAGCUGGUUAAAGACAUCGCUCUCUACAACAGGCGCCAGUCAUGGCUUACGGAGGCAUCGUUCGCGCGGAUCGAUUCCACGAUUGACGUUUCCGAAGGAGAGCUGCGUACCAAGUCUCGAUCUAGGGCGCUGUUUUCUUCCCUCGGUCUCUCUGGAAUUGCCUGUCUUGUUCUUCUGUGGAGCGUCACGGGAUUGACGUUUGUUCUUCACCAAACCUAUAUCGGUAGCUAUCUCGCAGCGCACGGUGUGUCCCAGGUCAACGCUACGACCGUUACUAGAUCUUACCUUUAUAGCCGAUACCUGUAUAUUGCCCUAUGCGCCAUCCCAGGUCCGCUGUUGGCGGCACUAUUGGUGGAAGUCGGGGGUAUAGGGCGCAAACGCACUGGAGCCGGUAUUGCAAUUUUGACUGGGUUGUUCAUGUUUCUCGCUACUGUGGCUCGGUCUCACGAUUCCGCGCUGGCAUUCGAGUGCAUGCUUAAUUUCCUUCGUUUCGCCGGGUUGGCUACCCUGAUUCUUUAUACAGUCGAGGUCGUGCCGACCACCGUGCGAGGGUACAGUCUGGGCAUCAUGGGGUUCUUUUGGGGAGUUUUUAGCCUGAUUGCGUACAUCAUCACUACUUUUGACAACUCGGCGGGUUCGAGCGGAGGACCAGUUUGGUUCUGCGGCACCGUUUGGAUUCUGAUGGCUGGUGCGUGGUUGGCACUGCCCGUCGAAACACAGGCCAUGGCGGCAGCAUAG